AGAUCACCCACUUCACUCGGCUCCGUCAUCAUAACGCGGACGGGUCGAUCGAGUCGCCACCACGCAGCGUCGUUCGUCCGCCACAUAGUUACCACCAUCGCGGUGCAUCCCUACGGCGCAGGUGAGCGAGUCCUCUGGUGCGGACGGGCCCGGCGCCAUCAUGUCUGCUCCAGCCACGGAAGGGGCCGCCGCGACGGCCCUCCGCUCGGUGCUCACCCGGGCCCAGCAGGCGGCGGAGCGAUGCGGUCGGUCGCCGGAGCAGGUUCGAGUGGUGGCGGUCAGCAAGACGAAGCCCGUAUCCGUCAUCCGCCAGGUCUACGACGUCGGCCACCGCUGCUUCGGUGAGAAUUACGUCCAGGAGAUCGUCGAGAAGGCCCCUCAGCUUCCUUCGGACAUUGAGUGGCAUUUCAUUGGUAACUUGCAAAGCAACAAAGUGAAAUCCCUUCUUGCUGGUGUUCCAAAUCUUGAUAUGGUUGAGAGCGUAGAUGAUGAAAAGAUUGCUAAUCAUCUUGAUCGUAUGGUUGCUAGCUUGGGAAGGAAGCCUCUGAAGGUCUUGGUGCAAGUGAAUACUAGUGGAGAAGAAUCAAAAUUUGGUGUUGAUCCUUCGUAUUGUGUCCAACUGGUGAAGCAUGUGAAACUUGGGUGCCCAAACCUCAUUUUUGCUGGUCUAAUGACAAUUGGGAUGCUGGACUACUCUUCCACUCCAGAAAACUUCGAGACACUAUCAAAUUGUAGGACUGAGGUGUGUAAGGAGCUUGGGAUACCAGAAGAGCAGUGUGAGCUGUCUAUGGGAAUGUCUGCCGACUUUGAGCAAGCUAUUGAAAUGGGGAGUACAAAUGUUCGGAUUGGAUCGACGAUAUUCGGAGCAAGAGAGUACCUAAAGAAGGACAAAAGCCAUGCUUCAGUUUGUGAGUGUUUGGUGUUGAGCGAGCAUUCUAACUUAUCAAGAAAACUUGUGGCUUGCCAUAUGCAUAUGUUGUUGGAGUGCUGUCUUCGUGUCUGGCACCGAACAAUGUGUGGCUACGAGGUACUUGGAAUACUCAUGAUUUCUUGUUCCCACUCUUCCAUAUUGCUAAUAUGUUUGGAAUGCAGUUUUAUCUUCUUUGACAGUGGAAACUAUUAGGAUAUGACAUUUGCAUCAUAAAUUCUCGCUACGUAAUGCGGUAAAUUUUUUUCUUCUGAUACCA